ACCAGAAUCUGCCAGCUGCCGCACUUUACCUCACGCCGCUUUCUCCUCCACCAUGUCUGAACCACCACACCAAGUCCGCAGCGAGGACUAUGACUGGUCACAAGUUGACCUGCUCGAUGCCUGUUACGAUCCGAUGCUGCCUAGCAUGGAUCUUGACAGGUAAGUUUUUUUUUUUAGUGAUUGCUAACAAAAAGGGUGCAGCAGACUCGACACCACAGAAGACAUGCCAGCCUUGUCUCCUUCUCCUUCCGAGAAUGCCCAAGUAUCUCCGCAUCACAUGGAAGGUCCAUCCGCGAAACAGAACAACAUCUACAAAUGUCAUAUCUGUGAAAAAGUCUUUGGGAUCGCGUACAGUUGGAGCGUGUACGGUUGGGGAGCCUAUGUCCUCAACAACCAUGCGAAACAAACUGGACACCUAGCCUGGGCAUGCAGCGCUUCUGGUUGCGAUCAAAGUUUCUUGACCCAUCGAGAACGAGAUGCUCAUCAGCGACGACCCCACCUGAAUGGCCACGGCCGUAUCAAUCCCGACAGCCCAAAUGACUGUGCUGAAUGCGGGAUGUCCUCGCGCUCCAAUGCUGCCUUGAUCCGCCACGCUGAAGAACACCUCCAUCAGCCGUACGGCUGUCAGUGUGGGGUCUUCUUCUCCAGACGCGAUGUACUACAUCGGCAUCUUGAUUCUCUAUCUAGGAGCAAACCCGAGUAUCCGUGUACUUACUGCAAGCGCCAUCGCGGAGCAGAUGGUUUCAGACGUAAAGACCAUCUCCUACAGCAUAUGAGGAACUAUCACCAUCUUGAGACUGAGCCUGAUUCCUUCAGGGUGACGUUUCCAGUCUGUUCCCAUGCAGAUUGUGCCUUCUACCGCAACGAAGCAUUCGCCAAAUCCGAGAAUGCAGAGGACAACAAGCCUUUCGCAUCUCAGUCGGCAUACACGAGGCACAUGCGUGAGGAGCACAACGAGAGUCCAUUCCCUUGCACCAUCUCAGGCUGCAAUCGAAUUGGAAAGAAAGGUUACUUCAGGGAAAAGGAUCUCCGACUUCAUCAUCUCAAGGAGCACCCCAACGCACCGGCCUACAGAGCUACCAAGGGCUAAUCGACCAUAUUUUGCGUCCGGAAGCUCGCCAGUAUCGGUGUGACGAGGACACUCGAGACCACAUUGGAGAUUCUUCAGGCCAGUACACGCUGCAAAAGGAGGAACUUUUUCGAUGACGGCACAAUUUUCUGAUUUAUUUCCUCUGAUAUAUCUCCUGAGUGCCAAGUGUGCUAGUUCGCAACCUUUUGAAACACCAAAAUACCAAAAACAUUUUCCUUUGUUCGGCUUUGUGGUUGCGUUGUGUCUUAUUGACGGCCUCUUUCCUUAUGAUAUCUUCUCUGUCCGUGUUGUACUGGUUGUUCCCUCUGGGUUCAAAAGGUGGAUCGGAUUUUCUUACUUUGAUCUAAAUCUAGUCUCAAUGCAAUUUACAAU